GUUGGACAGAACGGGUCGGCCGAGAGCGAGCUCGCGUAGAGAAAACAAAAAACAACACUGGGUGUGUCGUCGUCGGUGUGUGUAUAGAGUACGUGCGCUAAACAGAGGAACCAUCUACCAAGCCGUAGAAAGAGCGUAGUGCCAUUUUUUUUGAUUAUCUUGUUUGUUUCAAUUAUACACUGCCGGGUGAUUAUACUACUACUACACGUGAUGUGCGAACGACGGGUUCACGAUCAAGGAUAGCUUCUUUCAGUGUGUGCAAACAAGGCCGACAGAAUGUAAAUCAUUUCACCGACAUCGGAAAAACAAGGACAAGGUUUCGUUUCAGUGCGUGAGGGUGUGUGUGUGUGUGGUUGAUUGUGAAGUGAAAGAAAAUAGCUGAACAAAACACACCCCCACAAGGACGUGAGCGAUCAUUCACAUUCCGAGCGUCAAGUGCAGCGAAAAAUAAUCAUCUUUAAACGGAAAUAUUCCAUUCCAACAGGAGUGUGGUUUGAGGGGGUUGAGGUGUGCCGUAAAUACUACUUGUGGGCCGUGUGUCACGUGUGAACCCCGAAGUAGACAACGAACGCAGUCUCUGUGUGUGUGUGUGUAGUGCGCGGAGUGUUUAUAAAGUUUUAAAGCUACAAAGCAGCAUUUGUUUUGUUGGGUAAAGCCUUAGAAGAAGAAAAAACAAGUAAAAAAAAAAGGAUAGAUUUUCUUGGUGAUUGUGGUAGGAGGAAACCAGCAAAAGCAACGCCAGCGACAACAAAUUUCGCAACCACCAAAGAUGAAUCUAUCGUUCGCCGGGUGCGGAUUCCUCGGCAUCUACCAUGUCGGUGUGGCGGUGGCGUUCAAGAAGUACGCGCCGCAUCUGCUGCUGCACCGGAUCAGCGGUGCAUCGGCCGGUGCCCUCGCCGCCUGCUGUCUGCUCUGCGACAUGCCGCUGGGUGAAAUGACGUCAGACUUCUUCCGCGUUGUCAACGAGGCCCGGUCACACUCGCUCGGACCGUUCAGCCCGCGGUUCAACAUACAGACCUGCCUGCUGGAGGGGCUGCAGAAGUUUCUGCCGCCGGAUGCGCACGAGCGCGUCAACGGCAAGCUGCACAUCUCGCUGACCCGCGUGUACGACGGCAAGAACGUGAUCGUGUCGCAGUUCAACAGCCGGGAGGAUCUACUGCAGGCUCUACUGUGUGCGUGUUUCAUACCGGUGUUUUCGGGCCUGCUGCCGCCCCGCUUCCACGGCGUGCGCUACAUGGACGGUGCGUUCUCCGACAAUCUGCCCACGCUGGACGAGAACACGGUCACGGUCAGCCCGUUCUGUGGCGAGAGUGACAUCUGCCCGCGCGACAACAGCUCGCAGAUGUUUCACGUCAACUGGGCCAACACCAGCAUCGAGCUGUCGAAGGAAAACAUUAACCGGUUCGGGCGCAUCCUCUUCCCGCCGAAGCCGGAAAUACUGUCCUCGUUCUGUCAGCAGGGCUUCGACGAUGCGCUCAACUUUCUGCACCGCAACAAUCUGAUCAGUUGUACGCGCUGUCUGGCCGUGCAGUCGACGUUCGUGGUCGCGGAGCAGCCGUCCGCCUGCCUGGAGGAGAAGAUCCUGGAGGAGUACGAUCCGGAGUGUAGCGAGUGCCAGGAGUGUACGCAGCAUCGGAAGAAUGCGCUCGUCGGCAGCAUGCCGGACAAUGUGCUGACCGUGUUCCAGACGUACAUCGAGCAGGCGAACAAGGGUUUGAUCAACUGGGUGUUUCGGCACCGGGGCGGCAAGCUGCUGACGGCCCUGUCCUUGCCGGCCAUCCUGCCCGCCGACAUUGUGUGUGCCACGCUGACGAAACUGGCAACGUUGGCCGUCCCCGAUCGGAUGCGCUUCCUGGCGCAGCUCGAGAACCGUCUAGCGUACCGGCUGAUGGGUGCCGCACCGUCGAUAGGCAAACAGAUCUGGGCGAUGAGUGAGUUUGUGCUGAAGAACCUGAACACGAUCCUGCUCCGGGUGCGACGGCGACAGAAGCAGCAGCAGCAGCAACUGACCGCGAACCUCCAAUGCCAGAUAGCGCUUACCGAGUACAACCAGAGCCAGCAGCAGCAGCAGCUGCAGCAGCACCAUCAGCACAGCCAUCGCAGUUCAAUCAUCGACAUGCGAAUGGAGGACGGCAAACCAUUCGGCAAAGAAAUUACCCCCAGCUACAGCUCCGCCGGGCAUCAUUCGGCGAUGGGCGACCUCGAUACGUUCGAUCACAUCCUGCAGGUGUCGUCGCACCACGACGCCAUGUACGCUUACUACUAUAUGGACGAAGACAAUAAGGUUAAGGUGACGGAGAUAUUCGACAUGAGCGAAAGCGACAAUCCUGCCCUGCAAACGGCCAACGAGCUCGAGGCGAACCAGCAGCUGGAGUUCGAUACCGACUGGGAAACGACACAGCCAGAUUUCCUCUACGCCAACUCGUACGGUGGUGACAAUAUAAUUGACAUCGAAGAGUUUAUCGAUCCCAGCGUCUUUAUGAGCGGCAACCACCAUCAUCUCAUGAGCGGCAAUAACAACAACAACAACAACAACAAUGGUACCAGCGGAGGCCCCAACACACUGUCCCAGUAUCCGAUCAACCCGUGGGAAUGCUCGCAGGUCGAAAUCGAGGAGCUGUCGGCGGACUUUAACGAUCCCUCGCUCGAGCCGGAAGCGGACCAGCAGACGAGCCUGAUGUCGGAGUCGGCCACCCUGCUGCUGAGCAAACCGCCCUCGUCCUACUCGAUCGAGAUGUAAAUCGUUUGUCGGAGAGCCAGACUUUUUCUGAUGGCAUGAAACAGAAAACCCAAGCGGCGCGCGCGCCCGACGCGUGAAUGGCGCAGGCAAAGUAGAAUCGGGCGUGCCUUACCUACUACUAGUACUACUACAACAACUACUACUACUACUAACACUGCUGCUGCCGGCUCUCGUCUGGACGAGACAAAAUGUGGGGCCGCUGGCACUCCCACGAAAGCAAAAUCGUGCAACGGAAACGUGUUACCGGAAUGAUAUUACCAUUUAGUAGUGACCAAAGUUACCUUUUUUUGGGGUGGCGCAGUGGCCCCACCGCUCCCUUCCGUGCGUGCCUGCCAUGGUGCGGUGGAGGCAGUAAGCUUCAAAAGCCAAAGCGUGACGCCAAGAGAGCAAACCGACCACCCCGCGUGUGCAAUUGCUCAUACACUCGAUUGGCACGAGAGAGAGAGAGAGAGAGAGAAAGAGAGAGAGAAAGAUACGCGGGACCAAAAGCGCGGAGACUUCUCACCAUAUCAAAAGACUUAGCAAACGUUUACAUAGAGAGAAACACAUACACUUACACGCCUACAGAGCGCGGAUUAGUAGAGGAGCCACGUGUUUGGUAACGAUAAUAGCUGCAAGCGCUGAACUAGUAGGAAAGGUAUUUUGCACGUAGGCAGGAACCUAUCGUAUUUUGCUGGUGACGGUCAGCUGAGGCUCAAUCGAUCCACGGCGUGUAGUGCGUUGUGUAUGGAACCACCGGAAGCGUACCUAGAGUAUUUUGUUGUAUUUUUUGUGGAAUCGAGCAAGCAGAUUGUCUGAGGAUGAGCUGCAAGCGCGGAAGAUGGCAUGAUCAGACGAUCGCGUAAUAAUGGUGCAUAGCUAAUUUUAAUCCUUAGAGUUAUUUUUUAUUUUAUCUCUCUUCUCUCUCUUACACACACUCUCUUUUUAUCAUUCAAUCAUUCUCUGUACAAUAUACCAUUCUCCCUGCUGGUGUGGAGAAUUUUUAAGUGUAAAAAAUAAUCGCAAAAAAUCAUACAAAAAAACACCAAGAGAUAAUAAUUCGUACACAGCUUAAGACAGCUUGCAAAAGAGGCAACUUUUAACCGAGAUGUGAUUUAUGGUGGUGUGUGCGUGUGUGUUAUGGUUCUUUAGGUUAGCGCGAACGCGAUCGAUUAAUUUAUCAUCCCUUCCCUCUUUCGCUCGAAACGCUUCUCCCCUUCCCACUCGUCGCCACCGAAUGAUAUUAGACCAAGGGCUCGCAAGGGCGGGUAGGUGGUGUCGUUGUGAGGUGUGGUACAGCAGCGAGCGACAAAAGAACAAAACAAAACAAAAAACCGCGAUUUUCACAAAAAGGCUGUGCAAUAGAGAGAAGAAAAACAAAGCUGUUUUGUUUAAAUUAAUCGUGAAAAGGGGUUUGAGACGAGACGAAACGGAAGGGCGACAGAGUGUGGUAGUGUGCGCCAAAAAGGGAGGUAGUUGUGCUUUAAACUUUAUGCUGGUGUGCUAGAAGGGUGGGGGUGUGCACUCUAUUGCCAUGAGGGAAGAGAAAGGAUUUUUUUUUUGUUUUUUGGGUUUUAAAAAGGACCUCGUGAGUUAGAUCAGAAUCGGACAAGCAAGAAGGUGAAAGCAAGAACGACAAGAGAGAGAAACCAUUAUGUGUAUUUUUACAAAAAAAAAAAAAAGAUUUAUAUGUG